UUUAGUUUAUUUUAUAACUUAAUGAAUGUUUACAUAUUGAUAAAAUCCACUGACAAUCACUGUAGAGUUUUGCAGUCUGUUUUCAUGGUAGAUUAACAGCUUACCAUUUUUCUUUUAACCAGGUAACCAGCAGCUUCAAGCUUAACGAUCCCUUGUCUAAACUUGGCAUGGCUUAUGCUUUUGAUGAUUCAAAAGCCAAUUUCAGUGGCAUAUCAGGGUUGAAUGACCUGUUUCUAUCUGCGGUUGUCCACAAAGCUUUUGUUAAGGUCAAUGAGGAAGGGACGGAGGCGGCUGCUGCAACUGCUGCUGUCAUGAUGAUGAGGAGCAUGCCCAUGCCACCUCAUGAGGUCACUGUUGACCACCCGUUUUUGUUUGUCAUCAGGGAUAAUCGAGCCAAUGGGAAUCUUUUGUUUUUGGGCCAGAUUGCUGACCCGUCCUCUUAAAAAAAUCAGAUGUUUAUAUAGAGAUCUAAGCAUUAGAAAUAUUAGUCAUUUUAAAUUACUUUUCAACAUUUUUGUU